GCCAGACUUGGGCUAUGGCUCUGGUCAGAGUGAUGCCGCCCCAGGCUCUGCUGCCCGUUCUGCUGCUUUGUAUGCUGCUGCUGCAGGCCCAGGGAGGGCCUCGUGAGCGGACAAGAACGGUGGAGGAAGAAGAGCUCGAAGAAGAAAUCAAACUGUGUAAGAGGCCGCCUCCAAUGUAUCUAUGUCAUCGUCCCUGUGAAUCGCACAGAAACUGUCAAGCAAACAACAAAUGCUGUGCAAGCUUCUGCGGGAACGUCUGCUUGAGCCCCCAUUAAGUAGGAGACGGGGCUGUGCACCCUGCUGCCCCAGCCCGCUGUUCACAUGCUGUGCCCACAUCUGAUUAACAAGGGCCUCCAAUCACAAGCAGGGACGCUGGCCUCUCCACUGUCUGAACUCCGUGUCCCUGCUCAAUAAACCGGAACCAAUGCUCAGACCCAGCUCUGUUCUUCCCACUGCUUGUGGCCGUUAGGAACCCACUGCAGCUCCCACACAUGCCCCGCCCCGCUGGGGCCCUGAUCUCCAAC